GACGGCACUACCUACGACCAUACCCUUCAUUCUACUUUGCAGUGGGCCGAGAUGGUCAUUCAUAAAUUGCAUGUAUUCCUCCUUUUUUUUCUCCCUUUCAGAUCGUUCCUGUACAGAGACAAUAACUAAUACUGGAACCUGUUCCCACCAGCUUUAUGUUCUUCGAAGCACCCGACAAUCCACUCAGACGCCCACAUAGUGACAGCUGGUUCAAUCACAACAUCUGGUCUGACAUCCUUGACGCUGGCCUCCAAGACAUUCAGCACCAUAUGAAAGCAUCUUCUCACGCCGCCAUACCACCCAGCGAUGGGUCCCGUAAAUACCCCCAUAUCCCCAGAUGUCUGUUUUCUCAUGCUGACACAACAAGCUCACGGAGUUGAGAUUCCACACAUGCUAGUUCAGAGUAAAUUAAACCAUCUCCAUUGGUUGCUCGGAUUUCAAUUAUGCUACAUUAAUCUUCAUCCCAGGCUUCUAAAUCUAGAGCCUAUAAAGCCAACUCUCCUCUAUCCAGCCAUCUUUUAUCUCCACAUAUCUGCCUUAAUCACUCUUUUUCUAUGACCUGGUGAGUGAAUUGUGUCAACUCUGGUCCUGAUUCUUUCUGUCGGGUCAGGU